UCAGCCAUCACACCUGUUCCAGAUCUUAAAAUUACCAUCAGACAGAGCCUUUCUCACAUCAAAAUGUUGUUUCCCCUUGACCAAAGAAUAAUAUAACUUGCUGUCCCUAAACAAAAUAAAAAAACCCACUCAAACGGUGUUCUCAAACAAAAUUGUAAACGAUGGGCUGGAGAGCUGAAGUCUACGCAGCCAUAUUGCGCAACAGCCAAACCGGAACUCCAUCAGUGCAUCUAUUGAGACAUGGAUCAAUGUGCUCGGUCCCUAAUCCUCACAGGGGAAACCACUGAACCCCAAAGGCAGGUAAAAUUACCUCUUUGUGUGUGUGUGUGUGUGUGUGUGUGUGUGUGUGUGUGUGUUUGUGUGUGUUUGUGUGUCACAACAUUUGAAAAUCCUAUGCAGUCAACAGCCUGGGAUCAGUUCACGCAAGUUCUCCACUUGGAAACAGACGUUCAAUAACAGCUCAGACUGAACAUGUUUCCAAAAAAAAGAGUUUUGCCGAUACUUUUCUGAUCUUGAAAUCACAGUUGAUUAUUUUUGAGUAUCUUAAAGGUUUAAGUGAAAAGGAUCUACUGGCAGAAACUGAAUAUAAAAUAAUCCCAGUGAUGUUUUCACGAGGGAUUUUCAUCUAAAUUGUACAAAUUGUUGUUUGCUUUACCCCAGAAUGGGCCCUUUAUAUUUAAAUACUUUACAUUUAAAUACUUUAUAUCAGGAGCGGGUCCUCUCCACAGCUUCAGUUGAGGAUGAUUCAGGUUUGGUACGAACAGCCACUGAAGGCGUUUCUAACACUCUGUAAAAUGAGGAAAUUCACAGUUUGUACAAACCACAAGUUACUGUUUUAGAUUUGAUCUACCACCAUCGAGUUCAGCAUGCAGUUCAGUGGAAAGAGGAAGGAAGGUGGAUGUGUUUAACUGUUUAAAUUUAUCUUUCUCUAACAGAAUCUGUCUUUAUUCUCAGCCUCUUCUGUGUUGUAGGUAGACGUGUCUGUGAUGUGACUGAGUUUCAUCUUGUGCACAUUAUUUAUCUGUGGACGUUUUUCUUGUUUGAAGUCACAGACGAGAGCAGCAGCUACUAUGAGUGUAACUGCAGCAGCCAGUGGAUUUGUUGUCCUUCUUCUCACUGUGACAGUGGUACAGUGUGAGAAUGGCUGGGAUGUGAGUUACACUUCUACUGAGAUCUGUGCCGUCAGAGGAUCAACAGUGGACAUUACCUGUACCUACACAUACCCAUCCACAGUUAAUAACCAUGAUACUACAGUUCAGGAAACUUUCUGGUUCAUUAAAGAGAGUAAUGGGAUUCACGUUGAUCUAAGGACUGAUCCGGAGUAUUCAGGUCGUGUGGAGAAUCUCUGUGGAAACAACAAGUGCACUCUGAGAAUCUCUAACCUGAGAGAGAGCGACUCAGCUGUGUACAAGUUCAUGUUCACAACAAACCAACCUACUGGGAGUUUAACUGGUUCAGCUGGAGUCACUCUGUCUGUCACAGAUUUGCAUGUGCAGGUGAGAGGAUCAGGGAAUUAUGACUCUAAUUACUGGGCAGAGCUCAGGUGUCAGAGCAGUUGUCGUCUUCUUGAUCAUCUGAACUACGUCUGGUACAAGAAUCAACAGAAGAUGAAUGAAGGAGCAUCUUAUUCAGAUUAUUUUUAUCAUACAGACAGUGUUUCCUGUGCUGUUAAAGGACUCGAGGAUUUCCGCUCUCUGUCAAUGUUGGUAUGGAGUCAGAUUGACUGGAGUGUGAGUUACACUUCUACUGAGAUCUGUGCCUUCAGAGGAUCAACAGUGGACAUUAACUGUACCUACACAUACACAUCCAGGUGGAAUAACCAUUAUUCUACAGUUCAGGAAACUUUCUGGUUCAUUAAAGAGAGUAAUGGGAUUCACGUUGAUCUAAGUACUGAUCCAGAGUAUUCAGGUCGUGUGGAGAAUCUCUGUGGAAACAACAAGUGCACUCUGAGAAUCUCUAACCUGACAGAGAGCGACUCAGCUGUGUACAAGUUCAGGUUCACAACAAACCAACAUACUGGGAGUUUUACUGGUUAUACUGGAGUCACUCUGUCAGUCACAGACCCUCAGCUCCAGGUACAUGUGAGGAGAUCAACAGCCAAUCCAUCUUCUACCUGGACAGAGCUGACCUGUCACAGCAGGUGUCAGCUCCCUGAUCAUCUUUCCUACGUUUGGUACAAUAACAAUAAACCUGUUGAACGAAAAAAAUACUUUCACCUCCAACACUUUAAACCUGAAGACAGCUAUCACUGUGCUAUAGAAGGACGUCUACACAAUCAGUCUGAGGAAUACUGUGACCGUCCAUAUGCCAGUGUCCACUUCAUGAAGAGUGAGACGGAUCCCGUCUACUCCAGCGUCGGAUCAGCUGAACCCAGUGAACACAAGGAGGUGGAGGAGGUUGCGUACUCUUCUGUCAACUUUAACAGAUCUGCCCCGAGAACCAGAGGUCAGGACACUGGAGAGGAUCCAGCUGCAUUGUACAGCACAAGUUUCAUCUUGUGCACAUUAUUUAUCUGUGGACGUUUUUAUAGUUUGAAGUCACAGACGAGAGCAGCAGCUACUAUGAGUGUAACUGCAGCAGCCAGUGGAUUUGUUGUCCUUCUUCUCACUGUGACAGUGGUGCAGGGUGAGGAUGACUGGGGAGUGAGGUGCACUCCGACUCAGAUCUGUGCUGUAAAAGGAUCGAAGGUGCAAAUACGCUGCUCCUACUGGCACCCAUCCAGAAUAGAUGACCAUGAUGUUGCAGUGGAGAAAGAGUUCUGGUUUACUAAAGUGCAGGAUAGUGAACCUGUGGAUCUGAGAUCAGCCUCUGAGUACACAGGUCGUGUGAAGUAUGACUGUGGAAACAAGGCCUGCACUCUGACCAUCACAGACCUGAGAGACAGCGACUUGGAUGUGUACCAGUUCAGGUUCACAACAAACCAACCUACUGGGAGUUUUACUGGUUCACCUGGAGUCACUCUGUCUGUCACAGGUGUCCAGGUGCUCACCACAAAAUUAUCAAGGUGCCGGCAGGGAUACUGUUCAUGGUCACAUGUGGAGUGUCAAACCAGUUGUCCUCCAACUCCCAGUCUGUCCUACAUCUGGUUCAAGAACGGACAAAAGACAUCGGGAGAACAAUCUUAUACAGCCUACUUUUAUUCAGCAGACAGUAUUUCCUGUGCUGUGAGAGGCCAGGAGGAUUUCCCCUCUGCUCCAGUGUGUGUCGAUGGAAAUUCAUGCAACAGAGUGAAUUACAUCAACAGGAACAUCUGUGCCUUUAAAGGCUCCUCAGUGGACAUCUCUUGCAGUUACAGCAGUCACUCUAAUCGUAUCACAUCUAAGUCCUGGUUGGUUGCUGAACGUAAGGAUGUGCAGCUGUAUCGUCCUCAAGCUGUGGACUUACUCAAAGACCCAGAGUUCACAGCGCGUGUUCAGGUCCUUGAUCCAGAGCCAGGGCGCUCCACUCUGAGAAUAAUGAACCUGAGACUGAGCGAUUCAGCCCAGUAUCGCUUCACAUUCAAAUCACAGUGGUUUGAAUGGGACAGAAGUUUCCCUGGCACAACUCUGACUGUCACAGAUGUUCAGGUGAUCUGUUCUCCGAUUGGUCCAACACUGACUUGUCACAGCAGCUGUCUUCUCUCUGGUCGUCCCUCCUUUGUCUGGUACAAGAAUGGAAGAGAAGUUCACGGGGAAACGUCUCCAACUUUCAGGGGAUUCCUUCACCCUGAAAACAACUAUUCCUGUGCUUAUGAGCAUCACCACUCGUCCCCUGUGUAUGCUCCGAAGGUUCCUUUAGUGCAGCUGAGUCAACCUGGAGACAUUCUGAAGGACAGCUCGGUGUCUCUGACCUGCAGCAGUGAUGCUAACCCACCCCCUGCAUACACCUGGUACAAGGAGAACCAGGCUUUGCUCAACAGAGCAGCUCAGCUGGUUUUCAGAUCCAUCCCGUUGUCUGACUCUGGAGAAUAUUACUGCACAGCUGAGAAUGAGCUGGGGAAGACAGCGUCUAAACGUGUCUUAAUAAAUGUGAAAUAUGCUCCACAGUCCUCCUCUGUGUCAGUGAGUCCCUCUGGUGAGAUCAUGGAGGGCAGCUCGGUGACUCUGACCUGCAGCAGUGAUGCUAACCCAGCAGCUAACUACACCUGGUACAAGGAGGACCGAACUCUGCUUCAAGGACCAGAGGGUGUUUAUCUUCUCUCCUCCAUCAGCUCUGGGGACAGCGGGGUCUACUCCUGCAAGUCUGAGAAUCAGUACGGACGGAUCAACUCCACGUCUCUACACUUAGACGCGGUGGACAGUCCAAUGAGACGGGAUUGCUUCAGCACGACGGAGUGGUGCGUGUUCCAGGAUGACAACAUCAUCAGGUACACGGACGUGGUCAUCUGCUACAUAAGCAAAUGCAUCGAUGACGUCAUAUGGAGGAUUACUGACAACAACCCCCAUCUCAACGUCAGCAAAACGAAGGAUCUGUCCGUGGACUACAGGAAGAGAAAAGGAGUGGAACACGCCCCCCUUGCCAUCACCGGGACCACGGUGGAGCGAUGGUAA